CCUGGACUGAUGCCCAGGGAAGCUGCCAGGGAAGCUGAGCUCUGCUGAUGCUGGACACAGGGGGAGCCAGUCAUCACAGCCAUGCCACGCCAGCCUCAGAGGUGGGUUUGGCCCUCCUGGGUGCUUCUGCUCCUCUUGGGCUUCUUGCCCCUGGUGACUCGUGAGUGGCAAACCAAAGAGGAAAACGACCUCGCUGACCAAAGCUUGAUGGCCCUGUACUUCCCGGCCACCGUGGAGUUCGCCUUGUACACGUUCAACCUGCGGAGCAGAGACACUCACGCCUACAAGCUGGUGCGCAUCCUGAGCGCCUGGAGAGAACAGAGGGAGGCCAUGCUGACUUUCUCCAUGGAGCUGGAGCUGGGCCGGACCAGGUGUGGAAAAUUUGAGGAGGACAUUGAAAACUGCCCGUUCCAGGAGAGCCUAGAGAUGCUCAGCUGCUUCUUCACCAUCAGAACCCAGCCCUGGAGAACCAAAUUCCACCUCCUGAAUAGCACCUGCAAGGAUGGUGCUCCAAACUCCUGAGCUCGCCACAGGGCCACAACUGCUCCUCCUGGUCUCCAGCAAUUCUGUGGGAAGCAGUCUUCAUCAGCAACGGUCCCCUGUAUCCCAGGGUCUUGGCCUCUCACGAGGGCCCUGGAUUCUGUAGAAGUACGUGUGCACUUCUGCAGUCUCUUUGUGUAGGAGACCAUUAAAUGUCAGCAUGCAA